CACUGAUUGGCAUUGAUAGGUGGCCCUGAUGGGUGACAUUGAAAGACAGCUCAGAUGGACACAGAUAUGUGGCAUUGAUGUGCACUGGUAUGCACUGAUAUGUGGCAUUGAUGUGGCACUGAUGGGCACUGGCACAUGGCACUGACUGCUGGCACUGAUGGACACUGACAGGUGGCACUUCUGGGGCCACACUGAUCAUCAGGGCACACUGAUCAUCACUGUCAGCAUGACAGCUCGAGAGGAGAGAAAUGCCGAUGACUGGCA